CCACUUGUGGCCGGAGGGUGCCGCUAUUGCAGCGCUAUGCCGUGUGGCCGGCCCCGGUCUGCCUUUAGCGGAGAGCAGCGUCUGGUCGGAUGUGAGCGCCGCCGAUCUGUCUCUACUUCCAGAUCGAAGAUGGCGGUCUCGGUGUUCCCCGGCGUGCGGCUCCUCUCCAUCGGAGACGCGAAUGGAGACAUACAACGGCACUCAGAGCAGCAGCCGCUGCGGUUAGAAGUGAAAACCACACAAGAUGCUGCCCUCAUCAAUCUCUCCAAUGGAGAGGAGGCGAGUGUGUUCAAGUGUUCCGUUUCCAGGGAGACGGAGUGCACCCGCGUGGGGAAGCAGUCAUUCAUCAUCACACUGGGCUGCAACAGCGUCCUGCUGCAGUUUUCCUCACCAGCAGACUUUCAGUCCUUUUAUAACCUCUUGAAAAAUUGCCGUGGGCACAACAGUGAAGGCUCAGUUUUCAGUGAGAGGACAGAGGAGUCCUCUGCUGUACAGUACUUCCAGUUUUAUGGCUACCUCUCCCAGCAACAGAACAUGAUGCAGGAUUAUGUUCGGACAGGGACCUACCAGCGGGCUAUUCUUCAGAAUCACACUGACUUUAAGGACAAGGUGGUGUUGGAUGUUGGCUGUGGUUCAGGAAUCCUCUCUUUCUUUGCCGCCCAAGCUGGAGCCAGGAAAGUCUACGCUGUGGAGGCAAGCACGAUGGCACAACACGCUGAGGUGUUGGUGAACAGUAACCGUCUUGGGGACCGCGUAGUUGUCAUACCCGGGAAGGUGGAGGAGGUGACUCUGCCCGAGCAGGUGGACAUCAUCAUCUCCGAGCCUAUGGGCUACAUGCUGUUUAAUGAGCGCAUGCUGGAGAGUUACCUGCAUGCAAAGAAAUUCCUCAAACCUAACGGUAAAAUGUUCCCUACUAUUGGUGAUGUCCACCUGGCCCCCUUUACAGACGAGCAGCUCUACAUGGAACAGUUCACCAAGGCCAACUUCUGGUACCAGCCUUCCUUCCAUGGUGUAGACCUCUCAGCCCUGAGGGGGGCAGCGGUAGACGAGUAUUUUAGGCAGCCCAUUGUGGACACAUUUGAUAUCCGUAUUCUGAUGGCUAAGUCGGUCAAAUACACAGUCAACUUUCUGGAGGCCAAAGAAGAGGAUCUCUACAGGAUAGAGAUUCCCUUUAAGUUCCACAUGAUGCAUUCGGGUCUCGUGCACGGCCUAGCGUUCUGGUUUGAUGUGGCGUUUAUGGGAUCAGUGAUGACAGUGUGGCUGUCCACAGCACCCACAGAGCCACUCACCCACUGGUACCAGGUACGCUGUCUACUGCAGUCACCCCUCUUCACCAAGGCUGGAGAUACGCUGUCUGGCACAGCCCUCCUAGUGGCCAACAGGAGACAAAGCUACGACAUCAGUAUUGUUGCCCAGGUGGAUCAGACAGGAUCAAAGUCCAGUAACCUUCUGGACUUGAAGAACCCGUUUUUCAGGUACACAGGCACCAACCCCAACCCCCCUCCUGGCUCACACUACACUUCCCCUUCAGAGAACAUGUGGAACACGGGUGCUGCCUACAGCAUGAGUCAGGGGAUGGCUGUAUCAGGGAUGCCGGCAGCUUAUGACCUCAGCACAGUCAUCGGCAGCGGCCCAUCAGUGUCUCACAACAACCUCAUCCCUCUGGACGGGCCACGACACCCAUCAGCUGAGUUGGCAUGGAAUGACCCUUUAGAAAAAGUGAACACAGGAAUUGUAAACCACACCCACUCCAGAAUGGGCUCCAUCAUGAGCACAGGGAUUGUCCAGGGAGCUAAUACGGGCCAAUCGGGCCCCACCAGCAGUGGUACUUACUAUCCUGUCACCAACCAGUUCACCAUGGGGGGUGCUGCCAUCUCCAUGGCCUCGCCAAUGGUCAUCCCCAGCAACACCAUGCAUUAUGGCAGUUAAAGCAAAGACGUCCUCACCACCCCCCACAAAUCCCGCAUGACAAGAGAUCCUCUCCUCGUGGAAACCCCUCAGUCCUCCUCCCCAGCCCACCAUCCUAACUGACUUCCCAGCCGCGGCCAAAACCAGUAUACCAAAACCAGUGCUGUAGUGGCACAUCCUCCCUGUUGUCACCCUCCAUUUUGUCUGUCUGUGUAUGAACGGUUGUACGCUCUUAUAUCCGUCCAGACUCUUGUCUUGCUACCAGUUGAGACCCCCUCUUCCCUUCCCAGUGAUUCACGGGACUAUGACAUGCACAGCUGAAGCGCACCGCAGGUGUGGUCUGGUCCCUGCGUGGGUUUCUGCCCUCUUCUUUCACUGUUUUCUCAGACUUUCCACUCCCCUUCCUCCCUUUUGUUUUUUUUUUGGUCUCUUCUUCUCUGAAGAACUUUUUGCUAGACACCAAGUCUCUCUUUUUUUCUUCUUCUUCACAAUCUACCCCAGACCUACACUAAAAUGAUAAACUCUUCAUUUGUACAGUAGGACACUAUGUGGACUUUUUCAUCAUCAACACUCUGAGCUGCUGUGACUAUGCAUAUCACAAAUUCAAGGUCAGUUUUCACUGACUGGUUUAUUUAAAGGACAGUUCACUCAAAUUCCCACAAACCCUUCAUGUUGACCCACUUUGAGCCAGCCUUUCAGAAGAGCAACUUCCCAAAAAUCUAGACGUUCACUUUAUUGUAUUGGAUAAUUUAGAUUAAAUCCAGUUUAAACCAUUUUAGAGCAUCAUCUGUAACAAGUGUUAAGGUGAAUUCCUAUGUUUUUCAACCCGUGCUUAAUUUUUAGAUAUUUUGGGGGUCAUCUUUUCACUCAGGACAAAAAAUUAGUUUAAUAUUGAUUUGGAACACAAGCACCAUCAUGGGUUUGCAGUCUGCAUGAUGUUAUUGUACGGGGCAAGCUAAAGACACUCACAAUAAACUGCUACUUGUUGUUGCUGAACAGGUGAAAAUGUCAUUGUUUAAUGGAAACAGUUUUUAAGACAUUAGGCUUCUUCUGUAAGACAGAGCUGUUUAUCCUCAAUCAACUUGCAGCAACUUGGAGUGCAGUGCCACCAAAUGGACUGGAGGCUAAAGUAAGCGACUAGCUGUGUAAUCGGUCA